UGCACUCAGUUUACUAUUAAUAAUAAUAUUAUACUUUACGAUUAAGAGUAAAUCGUCGGAUUAUUGGGCGGAGGAAGGGAUCCCGGUGGCGUCUGGGCGUGAGUGGUUCUUUGGACAUUACAAGCAGGUGUUUUUGGCGAAGAAACAUAUAGCGCAUCUUUAUGCAGAACUUUACAAUGAGUUCCCAGAAGCUCGAGUGGUGGGAUACUAUCAACUUAACUACCCUGCCCUAGUGGUCCGAGAUCCUGAACUUAUACGAACCAUCCUCAUCACCGAUUUUGCUAACUAUGUCCGCAAUGGCUAUCCGGUGGAUAAAAAUUAUGACGUCCUCGCAGGUUUUAACCUUUUCUUCACAAAAGGCGAGGACUGGAAGAUGUCCCGCAACCACGCGACACCGGCGCUCAGUACCGCCAAACUGAAAGGGUAUUUGCCCAGCAUUGUGACGAAAUGGUCAAGUAUUUGAGGAACAAUUGUCAAAGGGCCAACAUAGAUCUGAAAGAUAUAACAACAAUGUUCACAACAGACGUGAUGGCGAACGCAAUAUGUGGCAUAGAGAACAACACGUUUGAAGACCGAAACUCCUUCGCCACCAUCACUGGAGAGAUCACGCGUCAACUCGAUAUCACGGUUUUAAAUAACUUGAUAUAUCUAGCAGUCACUAUUAUACCUGGACUCGAUAAAAUUAUGCAGUUUUGUUUCGCAACGAAGAAGCUGGAGAACCUUCUUGUGUAUCUAACUCGACAAAUCAUAAAAGAUCGCACCGCUACAGGCAAAAAACGAAAUGACGUUUAUCAAGUAAUGAUGGCUUUCCGGGACGGUGAUGAUAAAAGAGUGUUCACGGAUGAGUACAUUACCAGUCACGUGUUCACUAUUCUACUAGACUUGUUUGAGACAUCGAGCAAUGCCCUGAUGGUAGCCUUGUUUACUCUGGCGUGGCAUCCAGAACAUCAACACAAACUUCGCUCCGAGAUUUUAGACCUAAAAUGGAAGACUAAAGGAGAAUACACACUGGAGGAUAUCGAGAAAUUUAAAUAUUUGGAUAUGGUUUUUAAUGGUACGAAGUUCAAGCUGGUUAUGCCAGGAAAGCCGAAAGACACCGGCAUCAAAGGCACACCAGUGAUAAUACCGAUUGGUUGCAUCCAAGUUGACCCCAAAUAUUAUCCUGAACCAAGCAAGUUCGACCCGGAACGGUUUUCAGAACAAGAAAUUGCUAAGAGGCCGAAAUUCACUUUUAUGGCAUUCGGCGAGGGACCCAAGAAAUGUUUAGAUACCUACGAAUAA